AGUGUGGCACAGACUAGUUGGGUAGCCCUGCAAGAGGAGAAAAAAAUAGAAAAAUUCGAAGGAGAAAAAAACUCGGUGAAUUUGUGGGUUCGGGCGGAUUUGGACGGAGUUUCCGAACUGUCCCGGCCCAAGGAAGCCCCGGGGAGGGAGAGAGAGUUUUCAGCACCGGAAUGAUGGAAGAUUCCCAUUUUAACUCCUCAUACUUCUGGUCACCCGUUCCAACAGUGCAAGGACAGAUUGAGAACGCCAUGUUUCUGAACAAAAUGAAGGAGCAGCUGGGCCCAGACAAGAACCCCUCCUUCCCCCACUCCUCCUCCCACUACCCCACCGCCGUGCUGACUGUGCCCGGCUCCGUCGCCAUGGAAGCGGCGGGGCGGGCACCCAAGCAGGAAGGGGGAGGGGGCACGUCGCUAGGGAGCGGAGGGCAUCUGCACCCGCCGCACACCUCCCAGAACAUCACUGUGGUGCCCGUGCCCUCCGCCGGCAUCAUGACGGCAGCGGGCCUGGUCAUCACCACCCCCCAGGGCACUCUGGUCUCACCCCCCUCCUCCUCACAGUCCUUCGUCUCCGGACACCCAACCACCACCAUGAUCGUGUCCACUCUGCACGCCCCCAACCCAGAGGCAGGCGGCCAUUCCUCUCACUACCUGUACAGUCACAACAAGAAAGACGAUGUCACCAUCUCGCCAGCGGUUGUCAUGCCAACGCCCUCGAAGCGGGGCAGGAAAAAGAAGUCCGUGCUGCCGCGGGGGGGCCUUGCCACCGCUGGCCAUCCCCUCCCGACAGGAAGUGAUGCGUUGAUUCUGGCUCACCUGGCUUCCGGGGGGCAGCACCACGCCACUGACCCUUACGACCUCUCCAACGACGAGGACGACCACAACGGCAAGGACGGGAACAAGUCUUACAGGUGCCGGAUGUGUGCGGUGACCUUCUUCAGUAAGUCAGACAUGCAGAUCCACUCCAAGUCGCACACAGAGGCCAAACCGCACAAGUGCCCGCACUGCUCCAAAUCGUUCGCCAACUCCAGCUACCUGGCCCAGCACAUCCGCAUCCACAGCGGGGCCAAACCCUACACCUGCUCCUACUGCCAGAAAUCAUUCAGGCAGCUCAGCCACUUACAGCAGCACACACGGAACCACACAGAGGCCAAACCGCACAAGUGCCCGCACUGCUCCAAAUCGUUCGCCAACUCCAGCUACCUGGCCCAGCACAUCCGCAUCCACAGCGGGGCCAAGCCCUACACCUGCUCCUACUGCCAGAAAACCUUCCGGCAGCUCAGCCACUUACAGCAGCACAACAGGAUCCAUACUGGUGACCGGCCGUAUAAGUGCGUGCAUCCUGGUUGUGAGAAAGCAUUCACCCAGCUAUCCAACCUGCAGUCUCACCGGCGGCAGCACAACAAGGACAAGCCUUUCAAGUGCCAAAACUGUAACCGCGGAUACACGGACUCGGCCAGCCUGGAGGUGCACCUGUCCACCCACACCGUCAAACACGCCAAGCUGUACUCCUGUGGCCUGUGCAACCGCUCCUACACCUCGGAGACGUACCUGAUGAAGCACAUGAGGAAACACAACCCCGACCCGCUGACAGCCGCCACCGUGGUGGCAGCGCAGCAGCAGGCCCAGCAGCAGCAGAGCCAGGCCCAGGGGGCCGGGGGCCCGGGCCGCGGGGAGAGGGGCGAGGGCCGGGCGGCGGGGGCCGGGGGCGCCUCGGGAGGCGGCCAGGGCGGCCACGGCAACCCCGGCAGCUACCCGGAGGGCGUGCCCUGCACCUUCGACCUGCACCAGUACAAGACGGUGUCGGCCGGGGACAUCCAGUACAAGCCCGUCAGCGUAGCCGACCUGGCGGCCCACAAGGACCUGUGCCUCACCGUCUCCACCUCCGCCAUCCAGGUGGAGCACCUCAACUCCUAGA